AUGUCUACCAAUACCAACAAAGGACUUGAACCUGCCUUCAUUCAAAAUAAUAAUAACGCUAUUGUGUUGGUGCGGGAUGGUAAACCUGUAUUCGAAAACAUCGGUCCCAUAAACCCAUUUGAUUUCUUUAGCAAAGAAUUCAUCCCUGGACAGAUGAAUCAUAUUAAGCAUCCGACAUUAAAAAUACCUGGUUCAAUUUUUGGAAAGUACCCGAACCACAUCGAUGUCAUGAACCAUGGAAAACAUCCAUUCAAUUUCAAUCAUUUAAGGAAUGCAAAGCAUCCAUACGUUAAAUAUGUAAAAAAAACAUCUCAUUUCUGUGGAAACUCUCACAAAGACCCAAAAUUUGCUGAACUCCUUAAGCACCUACAAGAAACGGCUACAGAGGUGAAGGUAGAGGGAGAUGAAACAAUAUAUAUUACUGAAUCAACGGUUGUUGAAGAAGGAGGGUCAGGGAACGACAUUAUUAAAAACGCGCUAAAAGAAACAUUUGAAUCGUUAAAUUAUGACCAACGUCCGAAAAUGACUAAAAUAGAUGAAGCUACCGCAAGUAAAAUACAAGAAUUUAUUAAAAAUAAAUCAUUCGCAGAACUCGCAGAGUUCCUUAAUGAAUUCCAUAAAGAAGAGUUCGAAAAGUUCCGUCAUAGAUUCCAGAGUAAAGAGUUCAUUAAUAAAGUAAAUAAACUCCGUAAAGAAGGGUUCCUUAAUAAUAAAUUCCAUAAAGGAAACAACCAAAAUACAAAAUCCAGACUUUGA